AUGGCUCGCAGGACGAUCAUCUUUCGUUGUCUCCUCACCGCUUGUGCUGUGCUGUUCGGUGUCCAUCUGCUCUUGCGUCAACGCACUCAUGUGCCAGCUGACUCAGAUCAGACUCCCUGGGAGGGCCUCGCCAGCCCUAGUCGUCCCCUUGCGGCGAGCUUCUUGGUUGGAACAAAUAGGUCUUCAAAUGCUCAAAGAGCUAGCUCAGUUUCAGUGUCUCGAUCCUAUCCUGACGUGACAGCGGUCAUUCUGAACUGGUCACGGCUCCCAAAUGUUGUCCAGAUUGUCAGUCUUCUUUGUGGUCCAUGGUUGGAAGAUGUCAUAGCGGAGGUUGUGGUAUGGAACAACAAUCCGAAGGAAAUCACAUACCAGACCUUCGCGAAGACAGGUUGCCCUUCCGAAAAGUUGAAGAUAUACAACUCGCCUCAUAACACCUACUUUCAAGCUCGAUACGUUGCGUGUGAACAGGCUACCACUCGUUUCUGCUUCCUGCAGGAUGACGACUACCUUAUUAUGCCUGAGGUUAUUCGAACUCUGCAUGCUCGGGUUUUCGGAACUCCUGACCACUCAAUACACCUUCUGCCCCCACAUGAGGUUCUAUCCACUCAACUACGUACAACGGUUACGUCCGACGGUGUGCACACUUCGUCCGCGUGGCUUGGACACGGUACAAUUCUGCCUCGGACUGGCGCUGCGGACUUCUUAGCGCUCUUACAUCAUCUGAAUGCAUCCGAGGAUGAGAUGAAGAUGGCAGACAACUAUUUUACGAUCCUGAAUAAUCGGAUUCCUGACGUUUGGUUCGAUCAAGGUAUUGAGCUAGGAGGUGGUCAACCAUUCACGGUCGGAAUGGAAGGUGAUGAACGUAAUAAAAUUCAUGUUAUUAAUGCUUCUCGGUACCUGGCAACUCUCUUGAAUGCGUUCAGAGCCUCAGAUAUAUCUCAUAAAUCGAAAUUACCGUUCAUCGAAGUCGAUGCGGUAACCCCUGCUGGUCAUGAAGUAUCUCAAGCGCCGUGCCUGGGCGAUUCUUGUUUGCUGCAGACGAAUAUCCCUUUACUACCAUCAAACUUGAAGGCUGAAAGUCAUUCGGCCGAUGAUAUAGUUAUGCAAGAAUUACGAAGUAUCCAGUCUUUGGGUCAGGAUGCCGUGGACCAUUUCUUGCAAUUCCCUCCUUCUCAGGCUGUCGACGGCCGCCCGGAUACUGCAUUCCGCAGCCCAUUUCCGGCACGACGGGGUGACUUCGUAAGCCUGGACAUGCUGUCACGCAUGGGCUCAGCAAGCGAUUCCACAAUUGAAAUAACGCUACUAGUCACGAGGGAAACGGUGGACAUUUUACGCCAAGUCCAGUUCGAAUCCUCUCCAGAUGCUGUCAACUGGGUUGUCUCCACGCAUGAAUUGGUGUGCGAAGAAACCGAAUUAACCGGACUUCGUGGUCGUAGGUCCCCGCCUCGCAAAUUGCAAGAAUGUAGCGUGCAGUCGCAGGAGACGGAUCAUCGGUUCUUCCGAGCGAGUUUACAGGUUGACAUACCGUCUUCCCCUCACUGGAUGAUCUACGAAUUUUGGAUACGGUGGUUAGCAUGA